ACACAAGCUGUAAACCGAUGUAACCAUCGGGGAUCGGACGCCGUUUUAGCUUCUGCGCCAUAUGCCCACUUUGGCAGGAGACAGCGCAACAAACGAUAUUCUCCGAUUAACUACUAACCACCUUCUUCAGGCUCUUUCGGGUCAUAAGGAAAAUUCUGCUGAACAAGCUCACCGAAACAGUGGGCAAGCUCAUCGAAGCCACCUCGGAUAUCUGCGCCGUUGGUCCGCUGUUGGCCAACCGUACCACGCCUUAUCCGAUACCUCUGAACCUAUAAGUCUGUUGCUCCAGGCUCACAAUCUGAUGCUGCGUAAAAAAGUUGCUCAGAUGCGCAGGCAACAACACACAGCACGUUGCCCAAUUAACGCAAAUAAUAGCUGUUGUUCAUCAAUUAUGUUAUAUUAUAGCGGAAAGGCUGAUCGUACAACAAAUGGCAUAUCAGAUAAUCAAGACGAUGGAAGGACGAGUGAGGGUGCAACUUUGUCGUUAGAGGCGCGCAGAGAUGAGCAAAAAAUAAGAAUUCUCUCGAUUGGAGCAGAGCUGGCCAAGACGGAACAAGUCGAAUUAACAGAUAAAGUAACAAACGAAUAGUGCUGACAAAAUCAUCGAAGGAUCUAACGCUUUCAAAUAUGAAGGCGUCAUCCUCAUCAGCGUCACCCUCAUCAUUGUCAUCGUUGGGAUCGGUAACGUUAUCGUCGUCGACUGCGUCGUCUGCGUUGUCUACGUCCUCGUCGUUAUCUGCGUCACCAUCGAUGCCGCAGUUACCUUCGUUGGAGAUUUUACAGCAAGAUGAGAGAACUGUACCAAAGAAACCGCUAAUCAAGAGUAGUGAGGCUGUUCGGCGUAAGAUAAUUUUAAACCUGGCCGAACAAACAACGAGAAAGCUUACUCGUCCCCUUAAGAUUGUA